AUCCUUCAAACUCCGGGUAUAAAAGGCAACUAAGUCACAACAUUUUUUUUCACUCUUCGUUCUGUCUUCAAGCUCUUCUCCUAAAGAGGCUACACCCCUUUCUUUUCUCUGUUGUUUUUAUGCGUAUUUCAUAUAGAGUUAUAUACCACCAUACCAACAUAUCCUCAGCAUAAAUGUCCGCAACUACAAGUAAACUCGUGUUCUUAAUCGAUGAACAAUCCUUAAUGACCUCGUUACUUUCACUGGACGAACUAAAACUUUCUAUUAUGCGUAUCUUGAUUUACUAUCACUUUCAGAAACGACAAAUUCAAUGGGGUUUUCGGUUAUUCAGCACACAGACGCGAUAUCCUUCAGAAUCAAUGCGGCACUUUUAUACAAUGACACCAGACUCUUUUGAGAUACUUGAAAAAGAGUAUGUAAAGCGAGAUAAAACUCGACCCAAGCAAGUGGUACUGGGUACACCUAUCAUGCGAAUCAAGCAAGUACUUAAAGAAGUCAUUGGUGACUUUCAGUGGGAAAAUAACGACCUGGGAUCUACAGAUACAGCAAAGAAUUACAUCUUUAUCAUGUCAGCCUGCCCUUCUAAUUUGAUUGAAAUGAACCAAUUCUUUAUCUCUCCUCACCCAGAUGACAACAAGCUAUUGAAUGUUGCAUCUUUACCGCAAUAUUUUGAUCAGACAAGACUUGAAUUAUCCAGCACAUUAUUACAAAGCUACAACGCACGAAACAUUGCAUUGAGUAUCAUUGAUACUUAUAAAAAACCACCUAUCAUUAAACCACUCGAUCAGUGGAUAAACCGAAUUUCACGGCAAGGAUUUGCAGCUUGCUUUGAACAUUUUGGUGGAAAAUACAUACCACUUCGUCUCCUUAUUCGCGGUUCUAAUCUAUACGGUCGAUCCUUCUUGACUGACAUUCAGGACUUAUUGCCUAACCAAAAGCCAAUUUCAGUAUUGCCUGUCUGGAAAGGCUCUUUCAAGACAUUGUUUGGGAAAAAGUUUGUUAACUUUGCACUCUAUCCUUCAUUGCGCAAAAAUACACCCACUGAUCUAGCGUUUGUAGCUGAAAUUCGUGUCCUUCAAAUGAUCCAUGUCAGCCAAUUUUCUUGCUCUUGGUUGGCUUCACAACGAUCAGACUAUACGCUAGUCCAUGAUGCUCCUCAUACGUCUCGUGCUUUUAAGGAUUGUAUAAGUGAAUUAUUCAAAAAGCAGUCGAUUCUUAUUGCUGAAUUGGUGCCAAUGGAGGGAUUUGAACAGUAUGUUCAGAACAAAAAAGUGCUUAUUGAAGCACUUUCCCCAACAACAGCUUCUCUUCGAUUCUUGAAUAUUCAACAUGUACCUCGUACAUUAAACAAUAAACCGAGUAUCGUAGAGCACUACCCUAUUGGCACUUGCCGUAUGGUAGACGAUUCUCUGCCUCUUGAACUACCAAAGGAAUUGUUGACUGAAGAGAAUGUUUCAUACAAAAUCAAAAAAAUUCCUGAUUUUGUCAGACAAUUGGCUCUAUCUGAUCAACCUAAGAUGAGCAUAGAACAAAAGCAAGAGCCUAUGCCAUUGUCUAAAAAAGAACAGGUGGUAGAGAAAAAAAGAGCACCAUUGCCUACGAAUGUAAAUAUGCUUGAAAAAGCACUCAAAGACUUAUACUUUGAAGCUGUAUAUACACAAAAGAACACUAUGGAUAACAUAAUCAUUACUAUCAAGAAAUGGAUAACCAGUUUGAGUCGUAGUUGUAUAAAGGAAGACAUUAUACGUAUAUUGUUUAAUCAUACAAUUACGUUAGAAGAUUUAGAAGCAAAAUACAAAAACAGUAUCAUACCUCAAAUCAAAGACAUACAGAAUGCAACACUUGAACAAACUUAUCAAUAUGAAUGGUGGCAAGAAAUCAAAUCAAGGUCUCAUUCUAAUCCCAGAUUUGAGAAACUAAGCAGCCUUGCUGUGAAGACAAGAGAGGCCCAAGUACAAGUCAUUCUUUAUUGCUUUAUAUGCAGACUCGUGUCCAAAGCACCAGCAAACAGUACUAAGCGAGACCCAGCUUUGUUAGCCGAGGAUUUCUUUCAAAAAGUGGUGGUCACUCUAACUAUGCAUGACCUCGGCAAUUUCUUAAGCGAAUUAGAUUCCGAAGAAGGCCCACAAGCAACCAAAAGAAGAGAUCUUUGUGAUUUGAGCGAUCAUGCUUUUAUGGAAGUAUUGGCAAAAAGAUUUCAAGCUUUACCUCAUUUGAUCCAAAAGUUCAAGGAACUGUCUGGUACAGAUGAAAUGGCUUCCUCUUCAAGCUCUUCUGAUCUAGAAGAUGAUGUGACAAAUCUGGAUGUACCAAGCUUUAAAUCGGCAUCAAACAGCCUUCAUGUUUCUCCAAGGAACAAACCUAUUCGACAGCAAAAAAGAAACAUAUCAGCUCUGUCCAUAAGAACUCCUUGUUGUCAAGCCCUCAAAGGUCAACUUCCAAGACAUUCGCUCCUAUCAAGAUAAAAAAGACAAAUAGCAAUACACUAGACAUGUUCCUAAAGCGAACUGUAGAC